GCGCACGGCGCCGCGCUGACUCCGCCGGGAAGAUGGUGGCCAGGCUCCGAGCUCGGAAGCUGGCGCGGAGGUACCGGGUGGUGGCCGCGGCCGCCCUGGCCAUCCUGGCCGUGCAGGCGCUGGCCGUGUGGAGCUUCAGCGGCCUGGAGGCUGAGGAUAAGACGGGCAGGGAGAAGAGGACCAAACUGCCAGACAGCAAUGAGGUGGAUAGUUCUGACAGCCGACACCUGGGGCCCAGCCGACGGCAGAACGCAGGGAGACUGGCCGUGGAGCGUCUGAGCAGCACUGCCAGUGUACUGAGGACUAGUUUAUUGAGGCGGAAGCCUGCAGUGCGACACAAGAUUGGUCCGAGAGUCCACUUCAGCAACUCUAUUCAAAGUAACCUCUCCAGCAGCAGAAACAUCAGUGAGGUGAAAGGGGAGUCAAAGAACAGUGAUAUUGGCAGCGUAGGAGGAGCCCCUCAGCCCACCAGCAAUGACUUCUCACCUAACUGUGACAUAAUAGGGAAGGAUGCCUUGUCUGCAUUGGCCAGGGCGAGCACUCAGUUGUGUCAGCAAGAGAUCGCCAAUGUGGUCUGUUUACACCAAGCUGAGAAACUGAUGCCACACUCUGUACCUCGCUUCUGUCGCCUCUCAGGGAAACCUAACAGCAUCAUCCAGUGGGAAGAUGGUAAUGUGGAUCUGACAUCCAUCCAGAACCCAGUUAGAAUUGCUUACGUCCUUGUCAUUCACGGCAGAGCCAUCAGGCAGCUUAAGCGGAUGAUCAAAGCCAUCUAUCACCAACGCCACUUCUACUACAUCCACGUUGACAAGCGUUCUAAUUACCUGCACAGAGAGGUCAUGCAGCUGGCACAGCGGUACCCAAACAUCCGCAUAACUCCGUGGCGAAUGGUCACAAUAUGGGGAGGGGCAAGCCUGCUGAAGAUGUACCUACAUUGCAUGAAGGAUCUGCUAGAGAUGACUGACUGGCAGUGGGACUACUUCAUUAACCUGAGUGCCACCGACUACCCCACCAGGACAAAUGACGAGCUGGUGGGGUUCCUCUCCAAGUACAAAGGGAAGAACUUCCUGAAAUCUCACGGCAGGGAUAAUGCCAGGUUCAUCAAGAAGCAGGGGUUGGACAGACUCUUCCACGAAUGUGACAGUCACAUGUGGCGCCUUGGAGACAGGCAGAUACCUGAGGGCAUUGUAGUGGACGGUGGUUCUGACUGGUUUGCUCUGACUCACAAGUUUGUUGAUUAUGUGGUGUACUCACAGGAUGAGCUGGUCACGCAGCUGAAACAGUUCUACUGGUACACUCUGCUUCCGGCUGAGUCUUUCUUCCACACUGUGUUGGAAAACAGCCACAUGUGCGAGACGCUAGUGGAUAACAACCUGCGCGUCACCAACUGGAACCGAAAGCUGGGCUGCAAGUGCCAGUACAAGCACAUUGUGGACUGGUGCGGUUGCUCACCAAACGACUUCAAGCCACAAGACUUCAUAAGGCUUCAGCAAAUGACAAGACCAACGUUUUUUGCAAGAAAGUUUGAAUCAACAGUUAAUCAGGAGGUGAUUGACAUCUUGGACUCGCAUCUGUAUGGCAAUUACCCUCCUGGGACAGCUGCUCUGAAAGCCUACUGGGAGAAUGUCUUUGAUCAGUCGGAUGGGCUGAGCAGCCUCACUGAUGUUGCACUUACCAGCUAUCUGAUUUUCUUCAAGUUGGGCCUGAGCAAAGUACAGACAUGGCAACAAGGAACAAACAGCCGUUGCAGGUACGAACCUUUGGGCUAUCCCCUCUCUGUCCAUGUUUACUUCUAUGAUGACCAAUUCCAAGGAUAUCUAGUGAUGCAGCAAGUUAAGAAUAUGACCACAGGACAGAAAGAAACUUUGGAGAGCUGGGUGUCACCUCGAUCCACGCUCCAUCUUGCAAAUAUUGACCCGGAGAUCGACCGACUCCAGAGCCUGGAGGUGGGAACGGAAUGGGAUCCCAAGGAGCGGUUGUUCCGGAAUUUUGGUGGUUUGAUCGCACCCUUUGAUGAGCCUACUGCCAUGCAGAGAUGGGCCAAAGGUCCGAAUAUGACAGCCACGGUGGUGUGGAUUGAUCCCACCUACAUCAUUGCGACUUCCUAUGACAUUACCGUGGACUCAGAGGCUGAGUACACCCAGUACAAGCCCCCGUUAAACCACCCUCUGCGGCCGGGCACUUGGACUGUGCGGGUGCUGCACCUCUGGACUCUGCUGGCAGAAACCAAGUUCCUGGUGAUUCCUCUGGCCUUCAGCAAGAAGCGGCCUCUCAGAAAAGGACAAGACCAGUGGCUACAUGCUGGCCCGCCAAAUAAUGAGUAUAUGGACCAGAACUUCCAGCGUCUCAGUGGGAUUUUGAACCUCCCUCCAUCAGACGUAGCUGAGAAGGAGGCUCUCCAAAACUCUCAGCUGGUUGGUGAGCAACUAGAAUCCUGGAUAUAUGAGAGUGUGGGCAAGUUCUGGUCGGCUACUGACAUCUGUGCGGUGGAGCCUUCACCUUGUCCCGCACUGCAGCCGUGUCAAAAGACAAUCUGGAGUUCUCUAUCUGAUGACCCCAAAUCGGAACUGGGACCAGUAAAAGAUGAUGGGCGGCUGAGGUAGCAAAGGGGGUGGUUGGGGGGAGAGUUGGGCACAGGACUCAACCAAAGAAACCCACCUGUGGGCUGGUGUGACAGUCCAGUGGUUUGUCAAGAUUGGCACUGGGACGUACAAGAAUGACUUCAAUGUGUUAAAAGGACCAAACAUUUAACACAAGGACUGGGGGAAGGAGAAGCAGUUUUCUUCAGGUACCCUGGAUCAACCAGUCCAAUGCAGCAGUCAGAAGUUCAGCAGGAGUUGCACUGUCCCCGGCACAGGGUGGCUGUAAGAGGGAUGAAAAGACAGUGGUCCCUUGUUGAGUGGCUUAGAGCAGAUCUGAGUCCGGUCUGAGGACAAGCUCAUCAUUCCCAGUUUCACAUAACUGCCUCUGAAGUCCUUGUUCCUCAGCACAUGUGCUGCGUUGUUGUGACUGAAUUUCAGCGAGCUCUUGCUGGAUAGAAUAAAAUGGAAUCACUUGAGAGUUUGAAAGCCAUUACCUUGUCCUUAAGAGGAUGACAUUCACUAACUUCAGAUAUUAAAGGUUUGUUUACAUGUGUCCUGAAAUUCAGAACUCUAAAUAAAGACAUGUUUUAACAAA